CCUUCUUCUCUAGUCUCGCUCUGUGCAUCAAUCUCCAACCUCGACUCGACUCGACUCGACUUAGUGCCCUAGUUUGUGAAAUUUAUCAAUCUCGCCACAUCUACUUGUAUCUUCAUUCAUUUAUUGAUGCUUGAACUCGAAUUCAUAUACUGAUAAUGCAGUCUCAGCUAUCCGAGGCGAGGUUGAUCUAUUCCGGUUCUGACUUACAUUCUGUUUGUCUGGAAAGAAAAUAAGGGGACUGAAGCACCUUAGUUGAAAUGUAUUAUUUUUGUCCAAGGUUAUCUGCAAUAUUCUUAGUUUUCAUGGACUACUCAAUGUUACUAACAAGAGGUCUGGAGAAUUAAGGGAAUAGAAGCAGCUUAGAGAUGCAAGGAUGAAGACACUCUUAAGAAACCGAGGGAUAAUACUUUACUAUUCAAAAUUCUGUCCCAUUUUCACAUUUGGUGUGAGGUUUUCAUCCUCUUGCAAUGGGCCCUCUGAUCAGGAAAGGAAAGUCAUCUCUUUUGUGGACGGGGGUAAUCAGGAAUGUUUACGAAAAUUGGAAGGAUUAAGGCAAGGAAUUAACAGUGUGUGUCAGAUCUUGGUGACCAGUCCUUGGGGACCUUCCCUGGAAAAUGCUCUUACUGCGUUUGAUGAAAACCCUCAAACAGAGUUAGUCAUUGGAGUCUUAAAGAGGCUUAAAGAUGUUAAUCUAGCUGUGAACUAUUUUCGAUGGGCUGAGACAAAAACCAACCAGGCACAUUGUCCAGAAGCAUAUAAUUCACUACUCAUGGUAAUGGGUAGAAGUAAAAAAUUUGAUAAUCUGGAACAGAUUUUGGAAGAAAUGAGCCUUGCUGGAUUUGGCCCUUCUAAUAAUACAUGUAUUGAGAUAGUUGUCAGCUGCGUCAAGUCUCAGAAGAUGCAAGAAGCAUUUGAUUUCAUACAGUCCAUGAGGAAAUUCAAAUUCCGUCCCGCAUUUUCAGCUUAUACAACUCUAAUUGGUGCUCUGUCUUUACUCCACCAACCUGAUCUCAUGCUCACUCUCUUUCGUCAAAUGCAGGAGCUAGGCUAUGAAGUAAGUGUGCAUUUAUUUACGACUCUUAUUCGUGUAUUUGCCAAGGCAGGCCAGGUUGAUGCUGCUCUUUCUUUGUUAGAUGAGUUGAAAAGCAACAAUUUUGAUGCAGAUACUGUUCUCUAUAAUGUCUGUAUAGACUGCUUUGGAAAAGCGGGCAAGGUGGAUAUGGCUUGGAAGUUCUUUCACGAGAUGAAAGUGCAUGGCCCCGUGCCCGAUGAUGUGACAUAUACAAGCAUGAUAGGGGUUCUUUGCAAAGCUAAUAGACUCGAUGAAGCCGUGGAGCUAUUUGAGAAGAUGGAACUUAACAGGAAAGUUCCAUGUGCAUAUGCUUAUAGCACCAUGAUCAUGGGUUAUGGCUCAGCUGGAAAGUUCGAUGAAGCUUACAACUUACUCGAGAGACAAAAGUUAAAAGGAAGCAUUCCUAGUGUGAUCACAUAUAAUUGUAUUCUCACAUGCCUUGGGAAGAAAAGCAAAGUAGAUGAGGCUUUAAGGAUAUUCGAGGCAAUGAAGAAAGAUGCUGCCCCCAAUCUUUCGACCUAUAAUAUUCUUAUAGACAUGCUUUGCCAGACGGGGAAUUUAGAGGUUGCUUUGGAGAUUCGGGAUGCCAUGAAAGAAGCUGGCUUAUUUCCAAAUGUUAUGACGAUAAAUAUAAUGAUUGAUAGGCUGUGUAAGGCUCAAAAACUUGAUGAAGCUUGCUCUAUAUUCGAAGGAAUGGAUCACAAUGUUUGCUCCCCAAAUGCUGUUACAUUUUGUUCUCUGAUAGAUGGUUUGGGCAGACACGGUAGAGUAGAUGAUGCCUAUACGCUUUAUGAACAGAUGUUAGAUUCUGGUUGGGUUCCAGAUGCCAUAGUUUAUACAUCCCUCAUCCGAAACUUUUUGAAGUCUGGAAGGAAGGGUGAUGGGCACAAAGUCUACAAAGAAAUGGUUUGUAGGGGUGUUUCUCCCGACCUUACUCUCCUCAAUACUUACAUGGAUUGCGUUUUCAAAGCUGGUGAAACUGAGAAAGGGAGGGCCUUGUUUGAGGAAAUUAAGUCUCAAGGGUUCACCCCAGAUGUGUGGAGCUACUCUAUAUUAAUUCAUGGCCUUACAAAAGCAGGUUUGGCUAGUGAGACUUAUGAGUUGUUCUAUGCUAUGAAAGAACAAGGAUGUGUAUUGGAUACCCUUGCUUACAACACCGUUAUUGAUGGAUUUUGCAAGUCCGCUAAAGUGAAUAAAGCUUACCAGUUGCUGGAGGAAAUGAAGGUGCAGGGUCAUCAACCGACCGUGGUCACCUAUGGUUCGGUAAUUGAUGGGCUUGCUAAAAUUGACAGACUUGAUGAAGCUUACAUACUUUUUGAAGAAGCAAAAUCAAGGGGUGUGGAACUAAAUGUAGUUGUGUAUAGUAGUCUCAUUGAUGGCUUUGGGAAGGUGGGCAGAAUCGAUGAAGCAUAUCUGAUCAUGGAAGAGUUGAUGCAACAAGGAUUGACACCGAACAUAUACACUUGGAAUUGUUUGCUUGAUGCAUUAGUAAAGGCUGAGGAAAUUAAUGAAGCCCUUGUUUGCUUUAUUUCCAUGAAAGACUUGAAAUGUCCCCCCAACACCGUAACUUAUAGCAUUCUCAUAAAUGGUCUUUGUAGGGUACGAAAGUUCAACAAGGCCUUUGCAUUUUGGCAGGAGAUGCAAAAGCAAGGGUUAAAACCCGAUAUGAUCACCUACACCAACAUGAUCUCGGGUCUUGCAAAAGCAGGAAAUAUAUUGGAGGCUAAUGGACUCUUUGAAAAGUUCAAGGCAAAUGGUGGUUUACCUGAUGCUGCUUGUUAUAAUACAAUGAUAGAGGGUUUAAGCUUUGCAAAUAGGGCAAUGGAAGCAUACUUGCUUUUUGAGGAAACUCGGUUGAAAUGUUGCAAUAUUUAUACCAAAACUUGCGUCGUUCUUUUGGAUGCUUUGCACAAGGCUGAAUGUCUUGAGCAGGCAGCGAUUGUGGAUGCUGUGUUGAGGGAAACGGCAGAGUCGCAUCAUGCUUCAAGGUCGUUAUGACAUCUCAGUUUUGUAGUACUUGUUGAUCAUUGGCGGAUAAACACAAAUUUUUUUGGUAAAUUGACACCUGCUAGGCACGUGUCAUCUUGCUGAAGAAGCAAUUUAUGGCACAGAGCGCAGCAGUUUAUAUGAAUUCUUUAUCUCAUCAAACCUUAUAAAAUAGUUGAAUCUUGCACCCUCCAGAGGUACUUCCUAAUCUGUUCAGUGAAAACUUUUAGGAGCAUACGACCUAUGAAAUCAGAGCUUUGCACAUAAUUAUCAGCUCAUGCUACUGCCAAUUAGUUACAUUUAUAUUGCACUUCUGGUGGUAAAACACCCAAUUUUGGCAUGAAUCAAGGAAAAGUUUUGUGGACACGCUUUCUGCCAUUGUGAGUGCUAUGAUUAUGGGUUUUCCACUUUGAUAUAUGCGGCAUUCACAGAGAAUGAAGAACAGAAACAGCAGUCAUGGCCAACCUUUUUCCAGUCCAAUUUUACCAGCUAUUGAUGCAGAGUCCAUUGUCGAAGUUGUUUUUUUCCAGUAGCGUUUGUGGUAAUGAGGAAUGCAGUAAUAACAACACUAGCUGCAGGAGUACAAGUAGAACACAUAUUCACAUUAAUGUAUUUGGGAGAUGUCCCUUGAAUUACUUGAUUGAUCAUUUUCUUUUUCAUCCCAAGUCCUUGAAGAAUCCAAAUUUUACUUCUUUGCCCCGUUUGUUUAUUAGUAUAGUGGGCAUAAGUGAGAGGAUUAAUAAUGUGAUGGUAUUACGUUGAAAAUGAAAAUUAUCUUUAUUUGUGUAG